AUGGUGGAGGCUGCAGCCUGCGAACUAGUCGGCGGCUAGGGCGCCGGCGGGGAGCGGCGCGCGGCGGGCAGUGUAACCUUGGGUGGGAGCGCACGGCGCCUCAAAAUGUCCUCCAGUGGCACCCUGAGCAACUACUACGUGGACUCGCUCAUAGGCCAUGAAGGCGACGAGGUGUUCGCCGCGCGCUUCGGACCGCCCGGGCCCGGCGCUCAGGGCAGGCCCGCAGGUGUGGCCGACAGCCCGGCUGCCGCCGCCGCCGAGUUUGCCUCUUGUAGUUUUGCCCCCAAAUCGGCCGUGUUCUCCGCCUCGUGGUCCGCGGUGCCUGCCCAGCCCCCGGCGGCGGCUACGAUGAGCGGCCUCUACCACCCGUACGUGCCCCCGCCAACCCUGGCCGCCGCCGCCUCCGAGCCCGGCCGCUACGUGCGCUCCUGGAUGGAACCGCUGCCCGGCUUCCCGGGCGGCGCGGGCGGCGGCGGCAGCGGAGGCGGCGGUGGCCCCGGCCCUGGUCCCAGCCCCGGCCCCAGCGGCCCACCCAACAGGCGCCACUACGGGAUUAAGCCUGAAACCGGAGCGGCCCCGACCCCUGCCGCCGCCGCCGCCACCUCCUCCUCCACUUCUUCGUCUUCCUCCUCCAAACAGACUGAGUGCUCUUCGGCCCGGGAGUCCCAGGGGAGCGGCGACCCCGAGUUCUCGUGCAACUCGUUCCUACAGGACAAGGCGGCAGCAGCGGCCGGGGGAACCCGGCCCGGGGCAGGGAUUGGGGCCGGGGCCGGGGCAGGAGGUUCAUCGGAGCCCUCGGCUUGCAACGACCACCCGAGCCCGGGCUGCCCGCUGAAGGAGGAGGAGAAGCAGCAUCCACAGCCGCCGCAGCAGCAACUUGACCCAAACAACCCCGCUGCAAACUGGAUCCACGCUCGCUCUACCCGGAAAAAGCGCUGUCCCUACACCAAAUACCAGACGCUGGAGCUGGAGAAGGAAUUCCUCUUCAACAUGUACCUCACCCGCGACCGGCGCUACGAGGUGGCAAGGAUUCUAAACCUCACAGAGAGACAAGUCAAAAUCUGGUUCCAGAAUCGUAGGAUGAAAAUGAAAAAGAUGAGCAAAGAGAAAUGCCCCAAAGGAGACUGA